AAAAGUCAGAAAACCUGAUAAAACAGACGAAGCCAUUCCCAUCCAGAAGCCAGUUACUUCAAAGUGCACCAUCACGUCGCUCAAAACAGUUUUCGGUCGCAUCCUCAGACGCCACUACGCGGUGAAUAUCAAACCCAGCAAGACCAUGGUCGUCACACACAACGUUAAGGGUUACGAAGAGUUCUCCAAGAAGAUGGAGGAGCUGGAGAACGGAAACGAGUCCGUCCAUGUCCUCUUCAGCGGCGGAAAGGACGAGAAUGGCCAGAGCUGGUGCCCCUACUGCGUCAAGGCUGAACCGGUGAUACACGAUGCGUUGAAGAAGGCCCCCGGCAACUCGCACUUUGUGCAUGUGGAUGUGGGCGAGCGUUCCUACUGGAAGGACCUGAACUGUCCCUUCCGCAAGGAUCCCAACACCCAUCUGAUCUUCUUGCCCACUCUGCUGCGCUGGAAGCAGCCACAGCGUCUGGACGGCGAACGCUGCUCCAAUCAGGAUCUCGUGGAGAUGAUGUUCGAGGACGAGGAUUAAGUCUAAGCGCCAGGCGGUUUUACUUAUAUGUAUAUUUUGGAACUUUUCUCAAGUUGGAAUGCACAGAAGUCGACACACAUUCAAUUAAAUCGUCUCUCAGUAA